UUCCAUUGUUACUACAUAACCUAGUCCCUUACGUCUUGCAUUAAUAAUGUAACUAAUCUGAUCGUAAAAUAACAAUUUUCAUAAAAAUAACGCGUUUGACAUUAUCAAAACUAAUAAAAAUGGUUUAUUUAUGAUAAAAACAGUGAUUCGUCUCGUAUGACAGUUUUUUAUAAACAAAUCCACAGUGAAAUCAAAUUAGGAAUAUAAGAUUUUUAAAAUAUCGACAAACGACUAAUUUUGUUUUUCAUUUGUGUGUAAUCAGUGUUUUUCCAGCCAAUAUCAAUAGAAGUGUGAUAUUUGUUGUUGAUAUUAGCAAAAGGUCAUUGUUUCCUACGAUGGUUUGCGUACCUGUGUUGUAAAUAUCGAUUUUUCUAAUGGCGCGUCUUUUAAAACUUAAACUCUACUUAUUUUAGUUUCAAUAUGCUAUACAAUAUACAUAAUAAGUAAUUUUACACUGAAUUUUACAUUAUGAAAUAAUAUUUUAAAAUGAAAUUAAACUGAUGUGGUGGAAAAUAAAUUAAAAAACAACAAUCUGGCUGGUUAAACUUAUUUUUUAAUAAAGAAGGCAUGCAAGCGUGUGGUGUUAUGCAAGUUGUUCAGUACCAAGUAUCGACACCACAGUCGACGAUAGCAGCGGAUGUGGCACAACACUACGUUCCACCGCCACCUUAUUUCGCAUCAGUGGGCUGCAACAACGACACGACAUGCCGUCGUCGAAAGUACGCGUGGUGGUGCGUCGGCUGUGGAGCCCUGGCGGCCGCCCUUGGAGGUCUGUUGGCAGCGCAGCACAUAUUGCUGAGAGCCUACACAGCCUCCCCUCAGCAUCUGGAGACUGUGCCGGCUGCCGUGCCCGCAGCUAUGUUGGUGCUAACCGGAGUGUGUAUCAUGAGCCUGGCCCGAAGACGAAAUCGAUACAGCUAUAUGGUAAGAAAAAUCAAAGUGGUGGGCGCGUGCUGUCUCGUGUGCGCGCUGACGUGCGUCCUCGUCACCAUCACCACUACCGUCAUACACAUGAACAAAUUACAAACGCUAAAAUUCUGCGAAUACACCAAACUGACCAGGACGUGCACGUGUUUCUCCAUGCCACCUGACAUGCAGCACACCGAGGAUGAUGGAGUCCGCUGCGUGUUCGAAGGAGUCACUGACUGCGGCGUGGUUCACGGAGCCCUUUAUUGGUGUUUACGAGGCGUCUUCGCCUUGUCUGUCAGCGCUGUACUCGUCUGCAUUUUCAGUUGCAUGCUGGCGUACCAACUUCUUAGUCACGAACGCAAGAAGAUGUACUGGGAACAGCUGGAGCUGCGUUGCAGGUCCCUGUACCACCGUCGGCCGCCUCCAGGCCAGGCCCAGCAGAUAGGAAGACCAGAACAGAGCAACUGCAGUUGUUGUGCGCAGUGCCACCCAUCACAACCUUCCUGGGACAUCAGUCUGCAGCACAGAUUCUGGGCACCAGGUCGCGUCGGCAACCUGUACUCCCCGAACCCUGGCACGGGUCGGAAGUCGUCUGCCUGGAGCUGGUUCCCGUGGCCUCGGAGCAACAGUCAGACGUCGCGCGGCGCGGCGCAGCCCGCGGACAGCGCGUACGGUUUCUGCGACGGCGAGCGCCCGGGCGGCUUCAACCGGUACCCGCGCACCCAACAAGCAAACUUCGUUCAAAACCAGCCGAAUUUCGUUCAAACCCAGCCGAAUUUCGUCCAAAACCAGCCGAAUUUCGUUCAAAGCCAGGGGAAUUUUGUUCAAAGUCAGGGGGAUUUUGCACACGCGCAAGGGUUUCAGUAUCAAGAAGGCUUUGGGGAGGCGAGUGGGAGUUUUGACGCUCAGACCGGUGUGUGGGGACCGCCACCGCCUUACAGUCCUCAAGGAAGAAGUGGAAGCAGACAUCACCUUCACCACCCCGACCCGGCCACCGCGACCCUACUCCACCACCACCACCUCGACCACCGGAGCUCCAUGCACGAACAUACAAACAUACAGCCUCACACAUGUCGUAACUCAUACAUGAUGGGUAUGCCUAUGGCCGACUUGAGGUUGAAUCCGGAUUUGGCGAGAAUUAAUCCAGAACUAGUGCGUUUAAAUCCAGAAUUGGCCCGUUUGAAUCCAGAACUGGCCCGAUUGAAUCCAGAACUGGCUCGAUUGAAUCCAGAACUGGCUCGAUUGAAUCCAGAAAUGGCGCUACAGAUGUACCCCGAGAGCGAGAUAGCAAGAUUGCAGGAAUUAGGACAUCUACCGGAGGGCAGGUUUAAUACUCUGCGGGGCCAUUUGGUGCCAUAUACAUCGAGGGGGUGUCAGAGGUCUUUAGGUAUGAGCGCCGGUAACCUCCACAGGGACUGCAGGCCCGAAGACAGUGUCACUAUUGAGUGCUUGCAUCAGAAGAGCGCUAGUAAAGUUUCAGAUCAAAGUACCGACUCGUGCCCUAAGCAAGGCAAGGAGAACCUUGGAUUCCAGAACGACAAACAUUCACCUAUGAGGGCAUCCAUGCAAGAUUGCCAUAGAAACGUGAAUGCUGAAUCAGAGGUGUAUUUCGCUGACGUGUCCAGCUGCUGCAAUGUUUCUGUCAAGGCCGAUUGCUGCAUGAACGCCAAUGUGUCAGCACUCGUUGGAACCAUCGAGAACCAUCCGGAAUCUACUUCAGAAUCAGACACGGGGUCAUUCACCUUAACACGCCAACAACGACCCCAGCCUCAAGUGGGCUCCAAACGACGCCCGAGACAGGAAAAACACAUAAACAAUAAGGAGAAAAUGAGACAAGAACAUUUAAGAAUGAACGAACAACAACAACUACUUGAACAACUUAAUAAUUCCAUGAGAAUGAGUGAUAGAAUGAACUGUGAUAGGAUCAAUGAACGGAUUUUUAAUGAAAGGAAUGAUUCCAGAGAUAGAUUGAACGAGUCCAGAGAUAGAUUGAAUGAUUCCAGGAUGGAUUCCAGAAUCAGUGAUAGGAUGAAUGAAACUCGGUUGAGUGAACGCAUGGGCGAUUCAAGAGACAGAUUGAACGAGUCAAGAAUAGAACGCUUGAAUGAAUCGAGGAUUAAUAGAAUGAAUGAUUCUAGAAUCAGCGAUCGUAUGAACGACUCGAGAAUAGACAGGAUGAACGAUUCGAGAAUCAGCGACCGUUUGAACGAAACGAGAGUUAGUGAGCGAAUUAAUGAAUCCAGAAUCAGUGACAGGAUGGAAGACAGAAGAAUGUCCGAUUUGAAUUCAAGCAUGAGAAUUGAGGGUAGUCCGAAAAUGCGAGCUCACAUCAGCCCUUUGCGUUUGCCUAGAUCUAGUCCUAAGAACUUGCCUAAAGAACAUCCUAGGCAGUCUAGUUCUGACUCUAGCAAACCUGAAUUUUUCGUCCCGCCCCCUCCUAAUCAUUCCCCACUUUCUCCAAACACUGAAGAAUCUUUGCUCUCAGACGAUGAUGGCAAAGAUCAAGUGUAUUCUAAUGAACCCGAGUCUUCCAAAUGCUUAGGCCCUGACUCACAAUACGAGCCAGUAAGGGAAGAAAAAGAGGAGAUAUUGAAGUCAAAUCACCAUCAUUGUUAUAGUGACACUAACACUAUGGACUCUGGGUGGCAGAGUGGCUCAGAAAAACAAGUUACAGAUUAGAAUUUCGACUAUUUUUGCGAAAUUUAAUCUAUUAAACUAAUGUUAUGAAGAAUUUCACAGAUGUAUCUGUAGUUAAAUUUUGAAAGCUUGUCUUUGGUGCUAGUGCACUGAAAUUUUCGACAAGAAAUUUUGCAUUGAUUCUUCUGUAAUGAUGAAUGUAGUGGCAAAUGUUCGAGAAAGUAGCUGUGUACAAAAGUUAAAUACGUUAGGUACCAUAAAUGAUGCGGUUUACAUGAAUGUAUAGCCUGAUUAGGGGGACAUUUCGGAUAAAAUUAACCAAGGGUUUAGAAAUGGGAGAAUUGUAUACAUGUGUUCUUUAUAAUAAUGUAAGGAAUGAACUUGAACAGUCUAAAUUGUAGAAGAAUUUAGUGACUUGAAUACUCUCAUUUAAAUUAGUUCUAAGUUAAGUGAAACUAUAUUUCUAUAGUCGAUAUAAUUUGGUUGGAUUUAAAUAAAUGAAAUAAAAAAAAUAAAAAUAAAUGAAACAAAUUUUAUAGAAUUAUUAUGUAGUCGAAUUGCAUUUAACGACUUAUUGGUUUAUCUGUUUCAAAAUAUUCAUGUUAUAUUUUAUGUUAAAGACAAUGGUUCGUGCCCCUCACCCGCAUGUAACGGUAUAAGACAGCUGGACUUGCUGAUGUUCCACCGUAAUCACUAGACAUCCAGACAACCGUUCGCACACAGCAACGCAUCCAAAUCAUGUGAGCUCCGAGUCAGUGGAACAUAGACGGAAAUUACUUGUGUAGUGCAUACACUACACCUAUCCCAUAACAAAUUACAUUCCUAGUAUGCACAAAGUUAAGUCUUAUGUUAUAUGGUUACACGACUUUGUUAAAUACAGCAUUUAAGUUAUGUUGACUUAAUGAACAUUUUUUAAAUAAUGUUCUUCGCUGUUGCUCUUUUAAAAAUUAAAUUAAUGUAUAUUUGUGUAAACUUCUCUCAACUUGUGAUUUGAACGUAAUACUCAAAAUAAAAUCUCUCUUAGUAUUUUUUACUAAAACGGUUUUGACAGACGGAAUUGUGAGCGAGAAAUGAUAUUGAUGUAUUCUAUAAAUUUUUAAAUAAAUAAAUGCAUUAUAUCUUUAGAAAAAGUCCAAGAAUUUUACUAAAACGAGUAAUGUUUCCUAAAAUGAUUAGCCAACUAGGGCACAUGAAACCUUCCAUUUAUAUUUGUGAACGUAACGUAUUGUGCCAAGUAGGAAAUUUAGACAUUUUUAUAAUAAAAUGACCAAAAUAGAUUUCUAUAAUCGAUAAAAAAUAUUAAAUGACUCAUUGAUACGUCUUAAUAUUCUAAAAUACAGAAUUAUAUAGUUUCAUUAAGUCAUACGUAAUAUGCAGUUGUAAAUUUAUUAAAUCAUCCAAAUAUAUAUAUUUAAAGGAUUUUUAAACAAAUAACUAAUUUAUUCGUGCUCUGUAAACAAUUAAAUUGGAUGUUUAAGUCAAAGUUUAACAAUACAAAUGCAAAUUUGAAAUGACCACCCACAAAUAAGAUGCUGGUCUCAUUUUUUUUUCUACACAGAUUUAAUGAAAAGCCUUUGUUAUAUCUAUGUUUGUAAUAUUAAGUUGAUUUGAAUAAUUCUUUUCUUUAGUAGAUUUGAGUAAAAUCUGAUAACAAAUACUCAAAAAGAAGAUUUGAAAAAUAAUAGUUUUCACAUUAGUUACUAUGAUUUUUGCAAAUCUAUGAUUUAGUGAGUUUUGAUAAAAAAUGUAUAAUGAUUAAGGCGUGUCAAUAAUUAUAACAUUGUACUUAGUUACAAUAAAACGAUUUGUUAUUAUUGUUAAUUUUGUUUCGAAUUUUUCGCAAGUUUUGCUAGUUUUUAUUAAUUAUAUUGUAUCUCAAAACUUGUACUACUUAUUUCGUAUUUAAGUAGCGAUGACACAUUUUGAGCGUGCACAAUGAAGAUGUCUUGUAAUAAAGUACUGAUUUCUUCCAUUUGAAAAGAUUUUUACUAAACUACUUUAGUAAAGCAAUAAUUUUGUAAAUAAUUGAUUUUAGGUUGUAAGUGUUUAUUAUUAUUCAAUUUAUAGUGACGUGAUUUGAGCUUGAGAUAGAUGAAAAUAUGUAUAUUUUAAGUUGAAUAAAUCUUUCAAUAACUAUUUUUAAUAUUUUCCAAUUAGAUAAAAUUAGUGUAGUGUACAAAUUUAUUUUUUAGUAUUAAAUGUAUUGCAACGGAAUUGUUUCUCUAUUACCAUUUAAUGUUUUUGUUUAAUAUUAAAUCAGCAAAGAAAAUUUGAAAACGAACUUAGAUUUUUUUUUUUAUAAUAAAUUCAAUUAUUUUCAUUCCUUUGAAAUAUUUUAUAUUUUCUUUGCUGAUAACUAUUUUUGUAAUAAAUAAGUAUUAUUCGCAUAAUAUGAGUAGUAUAUAAAAAAUACGAUUUUGGUCAACUUUAAUUUGAGCGGUUUUUGUUAAGCUGUAAAGCUGUACGCUUACACACUGUGUACACAAUGUGUCUAUUGUUAAGUUAAUCAGUUAUUGAUAACGGUUCUAUUAAAAGACUGAAAUAUC